GCCGGAUCCGGAUCCGGAUGCGGCGGCUCUGUGACCCGCAGGGAGACUGACGCGCCGCGACGGGAGCGUGGUCCUCUCCGACUUUACUGGAAAGAUGAAACCCGAUGAAACUCCUAUGUUUGACCCAAGUUUGCUUAAAGAAGUGGACUGGAGUCAGAAUACAGCAAUAUUUUCUCCAGCCAUUUCUCCAACGCAUCCUGGAGAAGGCUUGGUUUUGAGGCCUCUUUGUACUUCAGACUUAAAUAAAGGUUUUUUUAAGGUAUUGGGUCAACUGACAGAGACUGGUGUCGUCAGCCCGGAGCAGUUCCUGAAGUCUUUUGAGCAUAUGAAGAAGUCUGGGGAUUACUAUGUUACGGUUGUGGAGGAUGUGACCCUAGGACAAAUUGUGGCUACAGCAACUCUGAUAAUAGAACAUAAAUUUAUCCAUUCAUGUGCUAAGAGAGGGAGAGUAGAAGAUGUCGUCGUUAGUGACGAGUGCAGAGGGAAGCAGCUUGGCAAACUGUUAUUAUCAACUCUUACUUUGCUAAGCAAGAAACUGAACUGUUACAAGAUCACCCUUGAAUGUCUACCACAAAAUGUCGGUUUCUACAAAAAGUUUGACUAUACAGUAUCUGAAGAAAAUUACAUGUGUCGGAGGUUUCUAAAGUAAAAACUACCAUCAAGAGGUUAAUGCUACAAGGCUUUACUGUUAGAGUUCAUUUUUGUUGCUGCAGCCCAGUAAGCUCCCUAACUACUGGACUGCAGUACGCUGUAGUAUGCCAGGGUAGUGACCCGGGAGGAUGCAGUCGCCGCUGGGAGUUCACAUUAUCAUAAAGGGGGAGGAUUUUUAACCAAAGGAAUAUAUUUUCAACUUGAAUCUUUUCUUGCAUUGUAUUUUUCUAAAGUUUGUCUUCAUUUCUUGGUAGUCAAGAGUAUGGGUAGUAAACAGUUAUGUCUGCUCUAUGCUGCUCAUUUUUAAAUAUAUGUAUAUAUAUAUUGAAUAAGGGUGUUUCUUACCAUAAAAUUAUUUUUGUCUCAUACAUUUAAAUAGACUUAAGGUGCACCAUUUCUCACAUUACAGGGAGUUGGACGCUUCUGUUAUUAUGACCACCAGAUACAUAUUUGCACACUGUUGAUCCUAACCCUGCAGUCUUUUUAAAGCAACAAAAGAAAAAUGGGACAAGGUACAACAGCUUAAAUAACUAUUUUACUAAGUAUAUAGUUUUGUGCAGAUACUGUACCACCUGUCUCAUCUGUCACAUGAUAUUAGAAUUAUCCAGGGUCUUUUCAAACUGUCAGUGAGCAGUUCCUAGGGGAGCUUCUACCCUGGUUUCCAUAUCAUUGACAUCUGAAGCCUUUGAGUCGCAAAAAAAAUGUGCAGUACUGCCUUUGGUACAGCUUUAAAAUGAUGGUAGCUUUUCUAUUUAAUGUGAUUAUAAUGGUACUAUUAUUCUGAUCACUGUCCUGUUUUAUUUAUUUUAAUGAUUUUUAAAAUAGAAUCAGAUACUUUAUUAAUAAUGGUUCUAAUCUUUUGCAUUCCAUGUUAUUACAUUAAACUUGUUUAUAUGAAUAGUCAA